CGCCUUUGUAUAUUUCAUUAAAAAAAAAUUACGGAAAAAGAUCUGCUGGGCCAAUCUCGACAAAACUCUUUAAAUAAAGAAGGAAGAGGGAGGAGUUAUAUCAGAGUUUGGCCCCCAAGUGUGGGCCCACAUAAAACAAGGCCCAGAAUAACUCGAACCUUGAAGCUUAGCGAGAACCAGCGGUCGUUCUUGAUCGGCGAAAAUGGCCUCUCUCCGCUCUCCUCCGAUUUCAUGUUCCAUCGGCACUUCUACUUCCACUCUCUUCUCAUCCAGACUCCGUUCGUCGACUUCGAUUCCUUCCAGGCGCCUUCGGCGACGCCCGAUCGUUGCCUCUCAUGUUUGCGUUCCGGCGAUCGACAAGUCGAUGCUCGUUGUGUCCGAGACGCUGUCGGAGGACGAGCUAUGGGCUGCUGCUUGCCUCCGCGUUCGAACCUUCAACGAAUUCAAUGCCUCGGCUUACAAUAUCCAAGAUCAUAGAAGAUACUUGGCGGAGCGUGAGUUUGAGGCGCUGAAGGAGCGUGUUUCUGGAAAGAGGGAGGGAUUUAGAAGGGUUUCCUGCAUAAAUGCUACCCUUCCACUAUCCCAAAUAUCGAUUGCUUCUGAUGAUUUAUGCUCCACAUGUAAGUUCUCUGAUGGUAAUGAAGAUAGAGUUGUGGUGGGGAGCCUUGAUCUUAACCAAUGCCGUUGGCUUCCUGAUGAAAUCACUGGAACAAAGCCAGAGGGGUUUGCUGCAGAUAUAGGGAGGGCAUACCUUAGCAACGUCUGUGUUGCCAAAGAGCUGCAUCGAAAUGGAGUGGGUUACGAACUCGUAAAUAAAUCAAAGAAGGUUGCCGCUGACUGGGGAAUAACGGAUAUGUACGUGCAUGUGGCGGUGAACAAUGAAGGGGCGAAGAGGCUAUACAUGAAGAGUGGGUUUGUACAAGAGAACGAUGAGCCUGCUUGGCAAGCUCGGUACCUUGACAGGCCCCGUCGCCUCCUCCUAUGGCUCGGCCUCCCUCCAUCCUGACUGCCCCCAUCGUAUAGUCCCUCUUUUUUCAUUACCGCUUGUAAAUUUUCUACAAAUGCAAAUAUUAAUGUUGUUUUUCAAGAUUAUUUAUUAACAAAGGUCCAUGUUUUAAUGGAUUCACAAGAGGUCGCUCUUUUCCAGUGUCAAAGAUGUAAAGAAUCGGUUUUGACGGUGUGAAUCGUGCUAUUUUUUGUUUUUUGUGUGAUCGAAAUAUAUACAACCUUUGAA